UAUCUAUGUUAUCAUCUCCAUCUAGACGAUUAGUCAAGAAAGACAUUAAACCUGUGAGACCUUCUAUGUUUUUAAAUGAUUUUGACAUAUCUUCAUUGUCUUAAUUAAUAACAAUCAAAAAAGAUGGUAAUGAGGCUUCAACUAGAAGUAUAGACACCUUAGGAUCAUAAACUCAACCUAAUGAUAUGUCUGAUAAUGGAAGCUCAAUAUUUUUACCUGUUAUAGAGGAGAAAUCAAAAAUUCGAUUCAUCAAAUAAACUUCAAAUCCAAAACAAUCUAUAACUUCGAGAAAAGUUGUAAUAACAUAAUCAGACUCUAUAUCACCCAUGACAAAAUCAGAUAUUUAUUUACCAUCAAUUAAUUCAAUUCCAAAUUCACCAACAAAAUUUUUAAUUCCAAACCAUAAAAGACAUUUAACAAAUGUUGAAGAAUAACAUAAAAAAGUGGAGUUUAGAAAGUCUAUUUAAGUUAUAGAUUUUAUUAACAAUAUUAUCACCAAAGAUGUAAUUGAUGGAAGUGUUAAACCAUUGAAAAAAAAAUUGUAAAGAUAAUAAACAAAAAUGAUAAAAAAAGAAUGACCACCACUAUUUACUACAAUGAUUUUUUUAAAACUAAUCUAUAUUAUACAAAU